GAAUAUGUGAAGGUCAAUUUAGAAUCAAUGAAAUUAGAGGUUGUUCUUAUUUUUAUGGUUCUGAAGCUGUAAGUAGAUUUUUAGAAAGAAAUAAAUUAAUAUCUAUCAUUAGAGCACAUGAAGCUUAAUUAGAUGGAUAUAAAAUGCAUAGAUGAGAUGGAGGUUAAGAUUUUCCAAUGGCAAUUACAAUAUUUUCAGCUCCAAAUUAUUGCGAUGUUUAUAAAAAUAAAGGAGCUGUCAUUAAAUUUCAAGUAUUUUAAAUAUCAAAAUGAUAGAAUAACGAUUUGAAUAUACAAUAAUACAAUUAUAACUCACAUCCUUAUUUGCUACCAAAUUUUAUGGAUAUAUUCACAUGGUCAAUUCCUUUUGAUGCUGAAAAAGGUAGAAUUUAUAUUAUAUUAUAUUAUAAUUAGUUACCGGAGUAUUAUUUCAUAUCAUAUAACCAAGGGAUGGCGAAGCAAUUGAUGAGAUUGUGAUGAAGAAGAUAUUGCAAAAUUAAAGAAUUAGUUGGUGAUUAAUAAUAAAAGAAUA